AUGUCGAAAUCCACAUCCAAAAGCAAGAAUGUCAAGCAAGCGCACAUCCACUAUCCGUUGUGGUUUGGCGGGAGUGCGAGCUGCUUCGCGGCCUGCGUGACGCACCCAUUGGACCUUCGUAAGUCAUACGGCAUUUGCACAGGAGCACGAAUGUCACACUGACCUAGCUGUGUAGUCAAGGUAUUUCGCGACUGUCGACACGAAGCAAAAACCCAUCAUUGACGUUUGCGACAGGUUCGACUACAGACGCAACCCGGCGAUGGACCGAAGAAGGGAAUGGUGCAGAUGUUCUCGCACAUCGUCCGAACAGAUGGCAUACCGGGGUUAUACCGCGGAGUAAGAGUGUUCCUUGCAAGUUGCGCAAGGCCAGGUUGGGACUGACGCUCGACACAAACAGCUCACCGCGGCGCUCUUGCGCCAGAUCACCUACAGCACCACAAGAUUCGGCGUAUACGAAGAGCUGAAAGAAGUCUUCAGCGAUGGCGUAAAGCAACCAUCCUUCGGCGCGCUCGUGGCAAUGGCGUCAACUUCGGGAUUCUUAGGCGGAGUCGCUGGAAACCCUGCGGACAUUCUGAAUGUUCGCAUGCAAAACGACGCCGCGCUUCCCCCCGAGCGAAGACGAAACUACAGGAACGCAAUCCAUGGUCUGGUCAGAAUGGUACGCGAGGAGGGCUUCGCCAGUCUGUUCCGAGGUGUCUGGCCCAACAGCACUCGCGCGGUGCUCAUGACUGCCUCGCAGCUGGCAAGUUACGACGUCUUCAAGAGACAGAUUCUGGAGUACACGAGCUUGGGAGACAAUCUCACGACUCAUUUUUCGGCCUCCUUCAUGGCUGGCUUCGUUGCGACGACUGUGUGCAGUCCGGUCGACGUGAUCAAAACAAGAGUCAUGAGCGCUCACACCAAAGAAAGCGUAUUCCAGCUCAUCACGAAGAUCACCGCAAACGAAGGAUUCAUUUGGAUGUUCAAAGGAUGGGUGCCGAGCUUCAUCAGGCUUGGGCCGCACACGAUCGCUACGUUCCUGUUCCUGGAGCAGCAUAAAAAGAUCUACCGGAAAGUCUACGGGUACGAAUAG